AUGGUUGGACAGGACGUAUGUUAUAUGUGUGGACAGGCUGGCCAUAUGAAGAAGGAUUAUCUGAGGAAUCAGACAGCGCUUCCAGCACCCCUAGCUCAGGAGGUAACUUGCUUCAAGUGUGGACAGCGAGGGCACAAGGAAAAUGUUUGCACACGUCCACCGCAGUACGGAGGACAGAGGGCAGGAGGUCAGGGCCCGAGGGGUAAUCAAAGGCCACCAGCUAGGGGACCAGUGGCAGUCCAGGCACCCACACCACUUCUACCAGCAGCUCAGCACCCACCUAUGGCAGAGAGACCCCAUGUUCAGGGUAGAGUAUAUGCUCUCACAUCAGCUGAGGCCGAGCAGGGUAGUGGGACGAUCCAAGGUAUUCUAUCUCUCUAUGAUCAUGAUGUUCGAGUGCUUUUUGAUACAGGAGCUACACAUUCUUUUCUUGCACCGCAUGCUAUGUGUUAUAUUCCACAUUCUUGGAUCGCGUUGCCAUAUCAUUUGAUUGUGUCUACCCCUGGGGAUAGAGUCAUGGUGGGGCGGGAGAAAUUUGAAAAUUGUGAGAUAGGAGUGCAUGAUAGGAAGUUAUUGGGUGAUUUGAUCAUUCUUGAUAUUAGUGACUUUGAUUUGAUCCUUGGUAUGGAUUGGUUAUCUCGACAUUAUGCUAAAGUUGACUGUCGUAAGAAGACUAUUUCUUUCGAGAUACCUCUACAGCCGGUCCUUAUAUAUAGAGGCGUCAAGCCUGUAUCUACAAUACCCAUGAUCUCUGUGAUGAAAGUAGAGAAGCUAUUACGGGAUGGUUGUGAGGCCUACCUAGCUUUUGUGACUACUGAUGAAUGGAGCAAGAAGGAUUUGACCAAGGUGCCAGUAGCUCGAGAUUUUGCCGAUGUCUUUCCUUUGGAGAUUCGGAAUGGAAAUAUUAGCAUGUAA